AAAUGGUGACUCCAAUGGUCACCAUUCUUCAUCUUCUAACAAUUCAUCUUCAAAAAGAACACCCAACAAUGGGGGGGUGAAAUGGAGGGCACCAACAAUACCCAAAUGACGGAUAUGGAGGCUGAUGUGCCUGUUUUUAAAGGGUGGGAGAAUAAAACUAUUAGUGGCACACUAGACAAUAUGCAUAAAGUGCCACAGACCUUGCCUGUCGAAUUUAGGUUCAGGUCGAUACUUCACCACAAAAUAGCAGAUGGCGCGGCUACUAUUAAGGGGUAUAAGAAAUUGGAGGAAAUGGUGAAGCAACACCAAAUCCCUAAGACGAUCUUAUUACGAACUAGAACGAAGAAUGAAAGGGCAUGUUCAGUAUCUAGGACUAGAUGCGUGCCAAUAUACGUAGACCAUUUUGAUGCCGGUCUAUGUUUCCCUCUACCCGGGCUAAUUUUUGAUAUUCUGGCAGAGUACGAGCUGGUAUUAACACAGCUGACCCCCAAUAGCAUAAAGUUUAUUAUAGGGUUUAUGCUGCUGUGUGCUAAGUUGGAGAUACCUGCGAAGGCGAUAGUCUUCAGGAAUAAAGUAGCGAGGUGGAAGAAACAGUUCAUUUUCAUUCGUGACAUGCGAACGGAGAGGAUGAAUAAUGAACUGGCUGCUCGCAUCUCUAAAUGGCACGCGGAGGGAUUAGUGGAUUUAGACGCCCUAGUUACCCCUGAGCAGCUCGUGAUGUUUGGGUUUGUUGAUGUGGCAAACCUAUAUACCGAAGGCGAAAUGAGUAGCGUUUUGGAAAGGCAACGUGAACGAGCUCAACACUCGCGAGGUCGUCAGGGAGAAGGCAGCUCGCAUAGGUCAACUCGUUUUGACAAACAACCACCUGCAGCGUCGCCUCGUAGUUUGUCACAACGAGAACGAGAUUCUCAAAGGCGUGCUCGUGAUGACUCUAAUGUGGAGGAUGACGUGCCAUUAAUUAGGCGGAGAACGAGCUCUAUGGCUCAGCCCGUUCUACUCGCGGCAACACGUUCAUCUAACGUGCCUUUUUCUUCCGCAUGUGACGUCGCUAAGGCACUACCUACGUCUACAUCCGCCUCAAGCCCGAGGAUUGCAUACCCUGAAGGCUUCAAUUAUACAAGAACUGACUACCAGGCCGCCACGGUUCAAGCUAUGCUAAGUUUUGUUCCCCCUGUGGAUCCACAGCGUGCCAAAGGCUACAUUCAACAGAAUGGUGGUCAUGCCACCAUGUUGAAAUUGAUGGACAUGAAGCCAAGCCGAGUCGACGAGCUAGCUAAUAAAGUUAACGAGCUGAAGGAAAAGCUAGAAAGGGCUCGGGCUGAGAAGGAGAGUGGCAUUCUAGCGGCCAAGGAUGAGGUCGAUCGUGUUGAGGAACAUGCCAUGAAGGCUAAGGUUGAAAGGAACACUGCUCUGGACGAGUUGAAUUCCCUAAGACAUUGGAUAGCUGCAGUAAACGAAAGUCUUGCUCAUGCUGAAGAAAGUUUGAACUCGGUAAAGAAGUCUUAUCAGCAUUCUAUAAGCAUUGCUCGAGCUCAGGGAACGAAGUGGCUGGUUGGCUCCGAUAUGUUCCAAGAUGUCAUGGCUAUUGCCUCCAUGAACACCACGAGGCAAAUCUACGAUAAGAUUGAUGGAAAGGUAUUACAGCAUCGACCCGACUUUCAUAUUGGUGAGUUGGCCUUUUUCGAAGGAAAGGAGAUUGAUGAACAAGGCAAGAGCCUCGCCCUGUCAGCUGACACUACUGUGCGGCUGAGAUGGGAGUUGAAUGAGGAUGGAGUGCCUGUAUGGCCUCCAUCAGUUCUUAAAGACGGGGAAGAUGCAAACGGUCUGCCUAGCUAUGACGCUUGGGUGGCUGGCGUGCCUGUAUGGCCUCCAUCCGUUCUUGAAGACGGGGAAGAUGCAAAGGGCCUGCCUAGCUAUGAUGCUUGGGUGGCUAGAGUGCCUGAGCUACAAGCAGAACCUACUACCACUCCUUCAAACUCUCAGCUCGCUGUCACUUCAAUACGUUCUUCUCCAGCUCGCGCUGACGCCUCGGCUCCCGUUCAUUUAACGAAAGAUUAGUUUUAGGUUUAUUUUUUCUUUUGUAUUUUUUGUGUUGGUCAACUGAUCCCCCUUUUAUCGAUUUUAUCAUUAUCCCUUAUACUCCAAUAUACAAUUUUUUUGGAA